CCUCCUGCCAUCCACUUUCACUGUACAACACUCUGUACAGAGAGACCGAACCUUCUUACGACUGUACACUACUUUUUGCUAGCUGCUUCUCGCCUUCCAAACACCCAUUGACACCUGGUCUCUUCGUUGCCCCGCGACCCCACCAAAGAACUUCUCGAGACAUGUUCAAGUUUUCCUCCUCCUCAGCUUCCUCCCUCUCCCGUUCCCUCACUUCAUCCCUCCGCGCACCCAUCAUCAGCCGUCAAUUCCACGCUUCUCCAGCCAACAUGACCGUCACCGCCUACUUCGACGUCUCCUGGACCGGUCCUGAGUACCAGACCGAUGCCUCCGGCAAGGUCACCUCCAAGGACACUGAGGCCAAGCCCCGCUCCGGCCGCAUCAACUUCGAGCUCUACGACGAUGUCGUCCCCAAGACCGUCGAGAACUUCCGCGCUCUCUGCACCGGCGAGAAGGGCUUCGGCUACUCUGGCUCCAAGUUCCACCGUGUGAUUCCCGAGUUCAUGCUCCAGGGUGGUGACUUCACCCGUGGUAACGGCACCGGUGGAAAAUCCAUCUACGGCGAGAAGUUUGCCGACGAGAAUUUCAAGCUCACCCACAAGAAGCCCUUCCUCCUCUCCAUGGCCAACGCCGGCCCCAACACCAACGGCUCCCAAUUCUUCAUCACCACCGUCGUCACCGGCUGGUUGGAUGGCCGCCACGUCGUCUUCGGCGGUGUCCCCGACGGCGACACCAAGUCCAUGGGCGUCAUCAAGUCCAUCGAAGCUUGCGGCUCUAGCAGUGGCGCAAUCAAGUACAAGGAUGGUCCACCAACCAUCACCGGUGCUGGUGCUUCGUAGAGGAAAGAUGAGCGUGGACAACGUGGACAUGCGAGCGAUACAGACUUGAAUUGAAGACUGGCAUCCAAGCUUCGUCAAUGCUUUUGUUACUUGAUAGCAUUGCUGGGGCUGUGUAGCUACGGCUAGACAGUUUGAAAAGUACUCUGAAUGUCAUACCAAAAGUCCU